AUGGGUUUGGCUGACAGUCUGAAGGCCAAUGUAGAUGCUUCUGCCGGGGGUGCAUUCUUGAGCAAAACUUUCACAGAGUGCAAGAUUCUUCUUGACAAGAUGUCUCAAAAUUCAGGCUGGAUGACGAGGGACAACCCACUCACUCCAAUAGUGCAUUCUGUCGCUCUUGACCCAAACAGUACACAUGCAGAAAACAUAGUCACUCUUAUGACCCAGAUGAGCUUGCUGAUAAAGAAAAUCGAUGAGAUGGGUACGAAACAGGUGCACAUUGUUGAUACCACAAAUGGAGGCUUAUGCACUCCUUUCAUAAACCAGUCAUAUGUGUGCUCGUGGAGUGGAGAGAAUGACAGCCAGAGUUUCAGAGAAGACAUGAAUUAUGUCAAUAAUUUUGGAGGAGGAGCACGACCACAAGGCCAAGCCGUGCCUUAUCAAAGGCAACAAGGCUAUAAUCAGCAGCACCAGCAACAGUUGACCUACCAACCACCUCAUCAGCAACAGGAUAGUAACAUGAUCGAAAUCAGGGGUAUGCUGCAACAACUCAUUGGGACAAAUGGAAAGAUGCAAGAGAAGUUAGCUGCACAUGAUUUAGCAAUCAAAGGCAUUGAAACUCAAUUGGGACAACUAUUUAUGGCCUUGAACAAUUGCCCACAAGGAACAUUGCCUGCAGAUACAAACAUUAAUCCAAAGGAGCAGAACCCGAAUCAGCUCAUGGCACUACUUCCAGUUACAUUAGAGAUCGAUGAGUCAGCAGAGCUCACCGAAGUUGUAAUCGAGCAAGCACAGGUUGACAAGGGUAAGGAGAAGGAAGGUGAAAAACUCCCAGAACAGGUAUUAGAAAAAGCUUCCAGCAAAGAAAAGACACAAAGCAGUGGGCAGAGGUUGAUUCCUGCACCAUUCCCUCAGAGAUGCUUUGAGGAAAAUGCCAGGACCCACAGCGCGGUAGUGACAAGACCUAUGGCUCAAAAGGUGUCUGAUCCAGGUGGUUUCACUAUCCCAUUCACCAUUGGGAGUUAUGCUUUUGCUAAAGCAUUGUGUGACUUGGGAGCCAGUAUAAACUUGAUGCCAUUGGAAAUCUAUACAAAACUGGACAUUGGCAGAGCUAGACCGACCUCAAUGUUGCUGCAAAUGACUGAUCGCACAGUCAAAAGACCGACAGGAAUUCUUGAUGAUGUGCUUGUUCAAGUGGGGAAAUUUGUAUUCCCUGCAGACUUCGUCGUUCUUGAUUGUCAAGUGGAUGAAGAGAUCAUUCUGGGCAGGCCAUUUUUAGCCACUGGCAGAGCAUUGAUUGAUUGUGAGACCGGAGAAUUGAAAAUGAGGGUCAAAAAUGCGAUUGAAACUGCGACUGCGGACCUGACGCGGACGGAGACAGAAUAUAACCCAACUAGCGCUCGCUUAGCGCGGCCACGCUUGUCCAGACGGAAAAAUAGAUCUGAAGGGUAUCCGUUGGAAGCCUGCCUGAUAAAUCUGGAAAAUGUGGAUGGUGAAGAGUUGGCAGAGUGGGUCAUGGCUCUUGAAGGUCAAGGAUUCUGGAAAAGGGAGCCCGAGUUCAAACCCCUACACUUAGAAGAAAGAACAUCACCGCCUGCGAAACCAUCGAUAGAUGAGCCACCACAGUUGGACCUGAAACCGCUUCCAGCGCAUCUCAGGUACGCUUUCUUAGGGCCUAAUUCUACUUUACCUGUUAUUAUAUCAUCCGGUUUGCUAGCUGUGCAGAAAAAGGAUAGAGAACCAGGUAGCAGACCACCUCUCAAGUUACUAGCAGUGACAAUGGAGGAGACACCGUGGUAUGUUGAUAUUGCUAAUUAUUUAGCAAGCGAUAACAUGAUUCGGAGGUGUAUCCCCAAGAAAGAUCAACCUUCUGUUUUGCAGGCUUGCCAUGAUUCACCAUAUGGUGGAAACUUUGGAGGGAUUCAGACAUCAGCUAAGGUGUUGGAAUCGGAUUUUAUUGGCCAAAUCUGUUCAAGGAUGCCCAUGCUUGGGUGA